UCUCAGAAUCCAGCCUUACUGCUGGUCAGCAGGGGAAGUUUGGGGGCAAAUGUAGGUAGAGGGACUGUUCAAACCGUCAUCCACAAUGUUUCUGCUUUUUAGCAUAUAUAAGAGGAAGCCUCAAUGAUAGCCCACACACAAAGCAUAACUUUGUUUAAGAGGAAAUCUGUCAACUAACCUUUGUCUGCUUCUACUUUGCAACACAGGAUGUCUCUGAGGACCUCCCUGCAGUCCUCCAUAGGAGCUCUGUUUCUCCUCAUAACCUGGUUUGGGUGCCUGGUUGUUGGAGAGGUCAGGAGUGACUUCUCCCACUGCCUUCAUUUCUUCUACAAUGAAAUUCCACCAAAGGAAAUCAAUGCAGCUGGAUAUCAGCCAAUAUGCCAGCGUUACAAAAACCAGUACCGCUUUGCCAGCCUGUAUCAACGGCAGCAUCGUGCUCCUUUGUUCUCUGCAUACAUCCUGAGUCCUGCAGAUGGGAAACGGCCCAAUGCUUCAUGGAUGUAUGAACCACAGUUGGUCUUUUCUCGCGCCAGCCCAGAGAUGAAACCUUUCCAAACACCUGAUGACCAGAAUGUGGUUAAAAGCCAGGCUGUGACUGAAGACUACAGGAACUCCAACUUCACCAAAGGCCAUCUCAGUCCUAGUAUGCACCAUAAGACAAAAGAAGACAGAGAAGCCACGUUCACCCUGACAAACAUUGUCCCUCAGCGGGCCGGCUCCAACUCUGGCCCCUGGAACCGUUUGGAGAACGAUGUUUUGAGAAAAUUCAAAGCCUUCUGCAAUGGGUCGAUGUACGUGAUCACUGGGAUCAUGCCUUACAAGUCUGAGGGACGCUGGAUUAAAAACAGGGUGUCUGUUCCCGAGUACCUGUGGUCUGCCUACUGCUGCCCAUCAUUCAGAUCUGACCUGCCAGAGUCUGAGCGUCAGUUUUUUCCCACAUUUGCUGCAGUGGGAAGAAAUGACCGCAACAGUGGAGAAGAAAUUGUGCCUGUUAAUGUCAAGGUGAGGGCCUCGGUACGGGGCUAUGAUGUGAGGCGGAUGCCUUUAGAGACCUUGGAGGGUAUCCUGGCACAGAGACUGGUGAUGCCCAUAAGUCUGUUUGAUGGAAACUGUCAGAAAGAGCUAUAACUCGUUUAAAGAAUAUGCAGCUACAAGUGGUUCUUAGAGCAAUGGGAUGUUGCCUCCUGUACAGGGUAUAUGAUAUAAGAUGGGGUUAUGGAUCAUAUUUACAGCUAUGAACAAAAUCAGUGGUUGGAUUACUUCCUCACUAAUGGGCUUUAGGUUUGCAGUUUUAACUGCUGCCUUAAUUACUUAAUUUAUGUUUGAUCUAUUCAGAUUAAUAUGACUUAAAAUCACUUUUACCGGUGACUUUAUAAAAUUGUAAUUUCUUUCCUAAAAUCUUUUUUUCCCCUGUAGUAACAUAACAAUUUUCCAGUGAGCCAAAAAUCUUAUUUUCUUUAAAACAACUUUCUUGUUAAUUUUUUUUCUUUAGGAAAAAAACUGAAUGAGGCUUUUAUUUUCUUACUUUGUGUGUGUGUUCAUUCAUCAAUUUGUUCUGCUUAUAUUAUGCAUUUUCCUCGUUGAAUGAUUAAUAGUUGAGCAUUGAUUUUACUUUCAUUUCUUUACAAUAAAACCUACACAGUGUAUCCUGGUUUUUAUUCUGCAAAGCGCUUUACAGUGAAAAUACAAUUUUGUUGACCUCAGAGAGGCUUCACGUCAUGACUGGGUGCAGCAAUAGCGGUGAAGACCAAAACACAGAUUCAAGUCUCAAGAGGGAAAGAAAU